AUGUCUUACGAUACUGCAAUUACAGUUUUUGGUAAAAUAGGUAACUUGUUCUAGGUUGAAUAUGCUAUGGCUGCAGUCAACUAGGGUUUAUGUUCAAUCGGUAUUAGAGGUACUGAUUGCAUAGUCAUGGGUGUUGAAAAGAACCCAACCACAAUUUUGUAAGAAACCAGAACCAUUCGUAAGGUUUAACGUUUGGAUGACGCUACUUGCAUCUGCUACUCUGGUUUGACUCCUGAUGCUCGUAUUCUUACCAACAUUGCAAAAGUAGAAUGUUAAAGCUAUAGUUUGAAUUACGAUGAUAGGGUUCCGAUCAAUUAUAUUGCAAGAUAUAUUGCUAGUGUUUAGUAAAAGUAUACAUAAAAGAGUGGUGCAAGACCAUUCGGUAUCUCUACCCUUGUAGGUGGUUUCGAUAGCAAGGGACAACCUCGUUUAUUCUAGACAGAUCCCAGUGGUGCUUGCACUGAAUGGAAGGCUGUCGCAUUAGGAAAGCACAGAAAGACUGUUAUGGAAAACCUUGAAAAGAAUUACUAAGAAGAGUACUUAGCCGAAGAAAAGUGUCUUGAAUUAGCCUGCCGUGUCCUCUUAGAAGUUGUUUAAAGUGGUUGCAAGAAUAUUGAAUUAGUUGUUCUCAAAUAAAAAGUUGAAGGAGAUAAGAAAGUUUAUGAAUACAGCAUGAUUUCUGAAGAAAAAACAAUGGCUCUUAUUGAAGCAGUUGAUGGCAAAAAGUGA